AGCAUAUAGAACUGGAGGCAGCUUCCCGUAGGCCGAAAGUGCAGACGAGUUUGUAGAGAGAGACAGACAUAUCGGACUACAUGCUAUCUCUCUCUCUCUAGUCGCACGCGAUUGGCUGUUGAUUUUCUCCCUUCUUCAUAAGUAAAUCGUAUGGUCGCAGCAUAUUUUCUAACCUCCAACAUCAGUUCCUUACAAUUUAUUUGCUUAUAAUUUUAAAUAUAUUUAAUUAAAAAUGCCAAAAAAGUGUUGCAUAGCUAACUGUAAGGUACAACAAGAUGAUCCAGAAGGCCUUCGUCUGAGUUUUUACAAGUAAGUUUUUAUCUAUACAUCAAUUCAAAAAAAUAUAAACAUUAUCUUUUUAUUAGAAUACCUGCGGACGAAAGUUUUGAUACAACUUGUUCUGGGUUAAAAAAUGGAAAAUUAAAGAAUGGAAGUUGUCCUACUAUAUUUGUAAAUUUCAAAAACUUGAAGCUGCAAAACACAGCAAAUGAAAAAGAUGUCAUCAUCAAUGAAUGCACAAACACAGCGAAUCAUUUACUGAAUGUACAUAAUUACUCGAAUAAUAAUGGAAUCAACGAUGAGUUCAUAGAAAUUGAACAUGAAGAAACAAACAACGUUGAAUCUGAAUUUCUUAACCAAGAAGCAAUUCCUUCAUCAAAUACUUUGAUGCUACAAUCACUUACACAUGAAGAAGUAUGUAAUACGCCAAUGCAAACUAAAGAAAUGCCUUCAGCGUAUGAGUACACUAUGCAAGAAACUACAAAUUCACCCGUAGAAAGUACAAGUACUUCCAUUUUCAAAGAGAGUAUUGAGAAUACGCAUCCAAGUAAAAAGCCUUCGAAUGGCAACAAUAUGGAAGAUAUUAAUGAUAAUAGAAGCAAGGCAAUGUAUAAUAUACCAAGAAAUAUAUAUAAAAUGUCACUUGGUAACAUUAAUUUAAGCAAACUGGACUUCUCCCCAGUAAAUCUACCUGGAUUAAAAAGAUUGCUGUACAAUGAACAAAAUGAAAUCAGAGCUCUACAGCGAAAAAUGAAAUCCAAGAGGAUGAAAAUAUAUCGUCAUAAGCAACGAGUAAAAUGUGUGAAAUCUUUAGUUUCUCACAUGAAACAGCGUAAAUAUGUAUCUGAUAAGUUAUCUGAUAUUCUCGAAGAGGUGUGCUCCUUUCAUCACAGUAAUAAAUUCACAUUCUCAUACAUAUGAAUGUGAAUAUAAAGAAAAGAUCAUCGCUGAUUAUUAAUAUUUUUGUAUCUAUAACAAUGAUGAUUAUUCGAUAUUGAAGGAAGAAUUUAAAUGAAGUAUGAGAUUUUUAUAUUAUCUUUACAUUAGGUAUUUAUAACUUGUUAUUUUAGGUACAAUUAUAACCUUAACAAAUAAGCACAUAUGAUAAGUAAACAAUUGUAUAUACCGUCAGUAUCAAUUAUAGUAGAUUUUUACAAAGUUUGUAGAACGAAACAUUUGAUUGUAAUAAUAAUGCACUUAUUACUAAGACAUGAUGUUAUUGUCCUUUUGUCUGAGUAUAAACGUAU